AUGGAGUUCGUGCUGAAAGCCAUUCGCGCUAAGCAGUACCGCGGCGAGGACGGUCAAACAUUUAAACUCAACGGCCAGAUGCUCACCACAUCCCUGAAGGGCGCCGUGAUGCUGCCAUCAGUUCCACCUUCGAAAGCCGGCCUGGGGCCCCAAGGGGGCCAUGGGCCCCAAAGCUCAGAAAGGCCUCUUUGCCCUGGUGUGAGCGGCCCUAAUCCCGAGAUGGUGGCCGUCGACACCUUGGAGGCAGUUCGCCAACUUGCUCAGGAUGGCAUGUUCAACCCUGCCGUGCUGGUGUUUGCGAGCGACACGAACCCGGGUGGGAGCCGGAAGGGAGCAAACCUCGGCACCCAAGAGGAAGCGCUGUGUCGGCAGUCCACGUUGCGGCCGGCGCAGGAGCAGUUGACGUAUCCCAUUCCACUGAUGGGCGUGGCGUACGUGCCCCAGGUCCAGGGACUGCUGCCCUCGGGCAUCGUGGUGUUUGGUGCUAUUUGCGCAGCGCUGCGCCAGUGCUUGGCCGGUGAGAGCCCAACAGGCAAAGAGAUGCAGUUCCUGGAGGCCAAGGUGGCCAGCGUGCUUGGGACCGCUGCGGCCUUUGGCCACAAGAGUCUGGUGUUGGGCGCCUGGGGCUGCGGUGCCUUCGGCAAUCCACCGGAGGUGGUUUCGCGGGCCUUUGCCACGCAGCUUCGCUCGCCCGCCUUCGAUGGCGCCUUCGAGCGUGUCAUAUUCGCGAUCCCUGACGACGAGCUGCGCCAAGCGUUCGAUUCAGCCUUUGCGGCAGCAUCAUAG